UCCGCCUCCGAACCGGAAAAAGGACGAGUCUCCGUGGCAACACGCUCCCUCCUCCUCUGGGAAAGGCCGGCGAGAGAAAGGGAAAAGCCGUCCGGGCACAAACACAGCUCGUUGCGCGGAACGUUCCGCCCAGGAGCCGUUAUGGAGCAGAGCCCCGGCCAGAGUGAGGGGGAGCAGGUGUCUUUCGUGGUCCGGGAGACGGGAGGGAGCGGAGUUCGUUUGCCGCCCCGCGUCCUUGACUGCUUUCCUGUUUCUGCUUCCCUUUCAGGUCGGCCCCCGGACGCGCGCGGCGGCGGCUGGUCCUGCUGCCCAGUGUGGAGCCUUCCGCGGGGCUUAGCCCUGGGCCCUUCCCUCUCCGCCGAGAGGGGCCUUGGGGUGUGGUGUGUGGGGAGCCCCUUGCAGCCGGGGGCGCUGCUGCUCCUGCUUGGGCCGGAGGAAGAGGAGCAGGAGGCGGGCGCCUUCCCGGCGGAACUUCCACCAGCUUGCUGGAAAGAGGCUUCUGCUUGCAACAGGAUAGCAAGCUGGAAAAGCUUGGUGAAGCAAAGCCGGGAUAAAGAUGAGGCAAAUGUGGCAUUAGUAUGGAUCAAUGGGGAGCUCCACAUCCGAGUAUGCUGUCCCGUUGCAGCUGGCACUGAACUGCUGUACUGGUUCACAGAGGCCAGUCCUGCUUGCCUGGAAAAGAAUGCACCAGCAAAUAUAUCAGAUGGGGUAUUUGUCGCACAGAGGAAAAUGGUAGAGGAGCAGCUAGCUAAGACCACCACUGUGGAAGCAAAGACUUUGACACAGAAAGGAGAUGCUUCCCUAGAUGGCGAUGCAAUAGAUUCUUUUGCAGUGCUGGAAGAGGUGAUUUCUUUGAGAAGUGCACAUGGUGAAUCAGAAUGUUUAUCAUGCCAGAGUACAUUUGAUCAAAUAUCUGAAGGUGCUCUUGAUAUCCCCAAGGUUGUGGAGCAGAAAGCCAGAGCCCAUUGUCUUCCUUUGCUGGAUAAGAAGCUGCCAGUCAAGCAGCCUCCUGGCCUGGAAAGUGAUCACAAGAAAAGGACUGGAAAUGGGUCCCUGCAACGUGAGGUCAGGGACUCCAAGGAGCAGCAUGGAGAGAAGCAGCCCAUUGUGAGCUGCUCUGUGGCUGAGGAGGGUGGAAGUAAAGAGGAUGAUGUGCUGCAUCCUCAAACAGAGCAAGUGAAUGAGACACUAUCCAAGGUAAAACCAACUGACAUUUGUUCACAUCCACCCCCAUCCAGUGCAAUUCAACCCAGUGCUCACUUGGCUGAGAAGGUGGAGGUGUUGAGGGGCCAAUCUUGUGCUGAAGGAGCCCCCAGUGGAUGUGCCAUGUCUACACCCAGGGACAGAGUGGAGGAGCAGAGUGAAAGUCCUAAGCAGGAGGAAGUGUCUCCAAGCAACAUUGGUAGUGCUCCACAGAUCAAGGAGGCAGACCACGAGCGACGAUACCGGUGCAAAGAGUGUGGCAAAGCCUUCCUGCAGCUUUGCCACCUGAAGAAGCACCACUUUGUGCAUACUGAUCACAAACCGUUCCUGUGCACAGAGUGUGGCAAGAGCUAUAGCUCAGAAGAAAGCUUUAAAGCGCACACACUGGGCCACCGAGGGGUGCGGCCAUUCCCCUGCCCACAGUGCCACAAGAGUUAUGGCACCAAACGGGACCUUCAAGAACACCAGGUGCUGCACACAGGCCAGCGCCCUUUUGUAUGCCCUGACUGUGGGAAAUCCUUUGCCCGUCGGCCCUCUCUCCGGAUCCAUCGCAAAACUCACCAGGCUAAGGAGCCAAGGCCAUCUGCUGCCGCCGCCUGCCAGUGUGUGAUAUGCGAGCGGCAGCUGGCCAACCCUGGGUCAUUGCGCAACCAUAUGCGGCUGCACACAGGGGAACGCCCAUAUACCUGUCCCUACUGCCCCAAGUCUUUCCGACAGCAGGGCAAUCUCCGUGGGCACCUUCGCUUGCAUACAGGGGAGCGCCCUUACUGCUGCCACUUCUGUGGAGAUGCCUUCCCGCAGCGCCCUGAGCUGCGCCGUCACCUGAUCUCCCACACAGGUGAGGCUCACCUGUGCACAGUGUGUGGGAAAGCACUGCGUGAUCCCCACACGUUACGGGCUCACGAACGUUUGCAUACAGGCGAGCGCCCUUUCCGCUGCCAUCUGUGCCCCAAAUCCUAUCCUCUGGCCACAAAAUUGCGACGCCACCAGAAAGCCCACCACGCUGACAAACCACACCAGUGCCAAAUUUGUGGCAUGGGCUACACCCUCCCCCAGAGCCUGCGACGUCACCAGCUUGAGCACAAAGGAAACCUAGACGGAGAUCCAUCCAAAAGGGGCACGAAAGCCCCCCAGGAGCUGCUAGCUUCAGAGCAGCCAGCUGUGCUGGUAGUGCGCUCUGUGGACACGGCAGUGCCUGGAAACCACACAGAGCUCCUUAUCACCAAUGAUGGGCACUAUGUUACUGCACAGCAGAGCUCUGCCGAGCACAAGAAUGUCAUUGAGAUUGCUGUCUCGGACACGGAGAAAGAAUGCAUCAUUGUGCAGGAGCAGGGCUCCGCCAGUGACAUGUUCAUUAUUCAAGAGGGUGUCAGUUUUAGCACAGUGGCGGAGGUGGUGGAGGUGGGGACAUGACCGUCAAUCUUUUUGCAGAUGUCAUUAAAACAUCUUUGGAAAUCUAAAUGUGCUUUUUCUAUGUGCUUACAAGAAAACAGCAUGUGGGUUAUUAUUAUUUUUAUUUUGCAGUAUUCUAUUUUUAUGGGAAUAACUUCUUGAGGCAAAUCUGAUACAUCUAUCCAAGUUUAGUGGCCAGUUCUUUAGCCUUGGUUUUUUCAAGCUUAGCAAUGCAGGCCACUGACUUUGGCCCCAGAAGAUUGCCACCCCAGUGACGACGAAUCUCAUCUUAUCUCUCAUUGUAGUUGGUCUUGACAGCUUCCACGAGUUUAGCUAGAUGAUUUCCACCAUCAUUUCCAAAGCCCAUAAGCCUGGGCAAAAGGGUCUGCCUGGUAGAUCAGGUUAUGCCUGGAAGAAAGCCUUCACUAAGCAUCUCUUAUAUACUAUCAAAAUUUGUUUCAAAUUGAUCCAGUGUCAGGAACUGCACCGGUUCUGCUUGUGUGUUACAUAUGUUUAGUGAACACUUGGCAAAACUGAGUGAGUGGUGAAGAAUCUGCAGACUUCCACAUGGUUAUGCACAUAUGGUCCAAGAAUUAAUGCAAUAGAAAGUAUGGAAGUAUAUCUUUUUUUAAAGUAAAAGAGCAGUUUUCUGAGGUGUGCAAGGAUUGUGUCAACACCAGUGAGGGUUCAAAGUUCUUUAGCUUCAAGGAUAUAAAUAACAGGAAGCUACUGCUCCUGACUCAUUUGCCCAAACUGUGCUUAGAUGUGCUUUAACUUGAUACUUGCUGCAUCUGAGUAGGGGAUGGAAGCCAUCAGAUGCCUGCUUUAAUUACAGUUAAUGACAGCAUUGGCUAAGAUCCAACUCCCACAUUAUCUUGGUGAUGUAAGCAGCUCUCAAAAACAUUGUGGUGGUAGCACAUGCAGUCAAUUGUGUGACUCAGACGGAACAUAUAGGUGCUUCUUUUGCCAGUUAUACCUCUCCAUGGGCUUGUGCUGGUGAUGCUGUGAUAGUCACCAUGCAAUCUAGCCAAAUUGUGGUUGUUGGUUAUGUAUAUUACCAUGAUGUGGAGUCCUGACUGCCCAGAGACAUUUGUUUGAUACCUACCAAGACAGUGUUUGGGUUUUGCCCAAGUCAACACAUUGCAGUCUGAGUGAGAAUUGUAGAUCCCAGGGUGGAUGCAACUAUAGUCCAAAGGUUUGCUUUUAAAAUCAAACCAAUUCAUUGGAUCUGGUAAAAUAUCAUCUCAGCAGUUGCAUAUGAUACCUGUGUUGCUGGAUUAGACCACUUCAUACUGCAGGAGCAAGAUUCAAAUGGUAACAGUUUUCAUUCACAUGGAAGUAAAUCAGUGAGGAAGAGCUUUGCUAUGCUUGUAAUGCAUUUCAUUAUAUAAAAACAAUGACAAAUGAAAAUGGUGCUUAAUUACAUUGUCUUGUUUUAACAUAGUACUUUGCCAAAUUUUCUACUUUUCUUUUGUUUAGCUUUUCCCUGACAGUGAGUAUCAGAGACUUCCCGUCAGGAGGUCAUGUUGCACCAUAGUGUUGCAAUGUAUAGUUAGUAGUUUUGGGCCAAGCUAAUUUGAAUUAAUAUUGGAUGGGAUUUUUUUUAUUUUUCCAUUUUUGUAUCACUUUAUUUAGUUGUAUUCACUACUUGAGAGUAAUUUUCUUCUUCCCAGCAUCCUGCGGUGAUAGGCCAGCCGGGUAUUUUAACACAUAAGAAACUGAGCCAAGAGAGUCUGAAUUGCCCAAAGCCAAAUCAAAACUUCACGGCUGGGUAGAAAUUGGAUUGCGAGUGUCUGUGGUCCAAUAUGAAUUUUAAGAGAGUCCUUCCUUAGUGCUUUGCUAUUUCCAGAAAAUACAUUGAGGUUUGCACUUGGGUUUAUUCAUUCGCUAGGUGGCUCCCAUUGUCAACAACAUAAUUUAUUAUAUACUGUAGUUACAGUCUCUGCAAAGUGGUGUUCAUUUACCACAUGCUUCCUUCUUGGAUACUUAGGAUGGGCCAGCUGUCAUUUGGUGCUGGUAGCAAUAGGUCACAUAACUACACUUGUUGCUUUUCCUAUGUGUCUGCUACCCCCACAUGUUUUGAUAAAGUAAGCAGAUGCUUGAGAUUACAGUACUGACUUCCUACUGUUGGGCUCACCCAGUGGUACAUUUACAAGCAGUCACAAAGGGAGCAGCCUUUUGAGGCAGUAGGAUUUUGAGCAGUGAUCUAGAAUGGCUGGCAUGUAUGUUUUUUGUCUUUUCCAAGAGAGUGGUGCAGCUUUUGCAUGUAUCAAUAUUGACACAGCUGCAAAGUGACUUGCUGAUGCCAAAACCAAGGAAAUCCGCGCAUGAGUCAAAAUAUCAGUCUUCCGUCAUUGCUGAUGUGGUGUCAAGCACGUUUGUUGGUUGCACUGAUCCCAACCAAUCACGGAUUAGAGGGAGGUGUCUUAUGCCAGUCUUUUAAGCAUAUGCACUUGUUUGCAUGGUGCACAUGGUUUGAUAACAAGGGGUUGGGAGUCCUGUGAUAAUGCCUCAGACAAAAAGACACUCUGAGCCACUCAUGUAAGAGCAUGAACGCACAAGAUCGUUUACUAUCUUUUGUGUCACAUGUUUAGAAGGUGGCGAGAAUUAAGCAGACUUGGGUACCAGUUUUUUAAGUUACGAAGUUAUUGCAAAGACCAGCCUGAAUGUAAACAAGUCAAGGAGAGGUAGAGCCAAACGGAGAUAGCCUCUCAGCUGAGAUAUUUGAGUGGCACUGCUUCCCAUCUUUCUCUCUGCUGCAACCUGAUGGAUUGGCAGUUAUUAAUAUUUACUAGAACAGGGGUCCCCCAAACUAAGGCCCGGGGACCGGAUGCGGCCCAAUCACCUUCUCAAUCCAGCCCGCGGACGGUCCGGGAAUCAGCAUGUUUUUCUACAUGAGUAGAAUGUGUGCUUUUAUUUAAAAUGCAUCUCUGGGUUAUUUGUGGGGCCUGCCUGGUGUUUUUACAUGAGUAGAAUGUGUUCUUUUAUUUAAAAUGCAUCUCUGGGUUAUUUGUGGGGCAUAGGAAUUCGUUCAUAUAUUUUUUCAAAAUAUAGUCCGGCCCCCCACAAGGUCUGAGGGACAGUGGACCGGCCCCCCUGCUGAAAAAGUUUGCUGACCCCUGUACUAGAAAGAGAUUGUAGCAGAUGUUAUAAGGUGGAAAGGGGACUUGUUCAGGAAGUUAGAAAUGCUGAAUUAAGGAGGGCUACCAGUCUGAUCUCAGCCUUCACAAAGGUUCAGGUUUGAGAAGAUAUUACAGGAAGCAGUGCUGUAGUCUUGACAGCUUGUGAAUGUUCUCCAAAAGUUUCCCUUCAUACAUGGGCCAGAACUCUUUGUCUGGAUGUUCUCCUGAACUCAGGCUCUGCCUAAAUAUCCCAGUAUGCUAGACCCAGAACUGGACAUUUCUCAAAUCUCUUUGCUUUAUUGUGUGUUAGAAAGAGACUCUGUGUUCUUCAAACUCUGCAAUCUGUUGGAGGCGGGGACUGUGCAAUUGCUCUUUGUACAAGUGGCCAAAGAGUCACUUCCCAGCUACCCUAAUGCUAAUAUUUACUUGCCUACGAUGGAGAUAACAAAUACUGACUAGAAGACCAUUACAGAAGAGAGACAGAGAAGAGCAAGAGAAAGGGGCCUGAGAUUGAUAGUUCUCUAAGCUCCUCCUACACUUACAGUUUGUCUCAGAUGAGGAUGGGGUAGGGACCUGUUUUACUAAACGGUGGACUAAUUUGGAAUCUCCAAAGACCUAAAUUCCAAGUGAUGAAUUUGAUGUUGCUGAUUUCUUUUGAUGAAGAGUAUAUGGCUCAGAUUAUGGCCUUAGGCUACUACUAAGAAUUUCAAGAUCUAACUGUACUGGCUCCUAAUUUAAUUAUUUUAUCAAUGAGACUCAUCUCAAUAAAUCUGAAGAUAAGAAUUGCUUUGCUGGAUUUAUCAAGUCCAGCAUUCUGUUUCUAGUAGCCAGUCAGAUGUCUCUAGAGCUCAUAAGCAAGGUAAUAGACACUCUGUGGUGUUUUGUUCAUCUGAUAGAGCUGUGCUGCCCCUUAAAAUGGAGGUUCUAUUUAGCCAGGGCUAUUUUCAGGGGAAACUCACUCGAACUCAGUUCUGGCACCUGUCAGGCCUUUGCCAUACUAAGAGAAUGAGGGAGGCAUUCAUGGUGAGUUCCGGCAUCUCUUUUUCAGAAGUGCCAAGCUGCUAGCUCCCCACACCUUAUUGUCUUACAUUAUGUGUGAAGAAGUGCUUCCUUUUUAAGUCCUGGACCUAGUCCCAGUCAGCUGCACUGAGUGUACAUAAGUGUUAAUGAAAGCAGAAUACAUUUUGCUCUAGCUGCUCGCUCCAAGCUUUCAUGAGUUUACAAACUUCUGUAUUCCUUCUUAAAGUAAAACCCUAUGUUCUCAAGCCUUUCUUCAUUGAAGGGUGCUAUGGGCCUUUGAGUUUAGCUGCUUUUCCAUACUCAUUUGAACCCAAUGAAGUUUUUGUAUUCAAUUUUGUAUAUUGUAUUCAAUGAAUAUUGAAUAUCGUGUUCAGUGAAUACAAUAGUUAUUCAUCUGUAUUCACCUUACAGGACUUGCACUACAAACUUGAAGAGUUUAUGACAUGCAUCUGUUUGAAAAUUACGUUUACUCAUUAAAAGUGGCUGGUCAAUAUACCAAAUAUUUGUUUUAAGUUCAUUUACCUGUAUGUCCAAACCACAAUUAAAUGGGAAAUUUUUUAAAAAAAUACAAAUGAACCGAAACAGGAUGCAAAUAUUUAAUGACUUGACUCCUUGGUGUCUUCCAUCUGUUCUGACUUCUUGGACUCCUCUCCAGCACACACAUAAUCAAGCACCUCUCUUUGGGCAUUCAGAAAGGAGUCAUGGGGAUCUCAUUGGAUAUUUUGCUGAGAGACAUCCAAGAAUCAAAGAAUUAUAAAUUGUGGAAGGGAGAAGAAACUCAUUCAGUCACUCAAUGUAUUCUAGAACAGGAUCACAGAAGUAAAGACAGGGAAUAGACCUUUUGGCAUCUGGAUUAAAUAUCUAGAACAGGAGGAUUUCCUAAACAAAUGGCAGUUCCCUUAUUUUAAGCCAGGAUAGCCAAAUGUCCUCUGCUUUAUGAAAUAAUGACGUAAUAAUAUGACAUGCAUAUUGUUUCCUAAUGUCAGUCCAUGUUUAUUUGGUGUUCUGAGACCACAAACAAUCUAAACGUAUGGAUGGAAUUGUUCUUGUUCCAUUGGUUGCU